GACAGCGCUUGUGGUAAGAGGGGCGGAGUCUCCGAUGUUAGCCUUUUUACUCAUUGUUCUGAGGAUCAUCCUACCGCAGUUGAGGUGAGGCAUAGAGAACAAAGUAUAUCGGUGGAAAAGUCUGUUUGUGGACCUGCGUAGACUUGGAAUAUUCGAAACAACUUCUUGUUUUUUGACAGGACUUCUCCAUUGUUGUUGGUUUGAGCCCAGGAGGCCACCAUGGAAAUGCAGAUGGGCAAUGAGGGGAGGGGGAAGGUGAAAGAGUGGCAGCAGACAUACUAUUCCGGGGACUCUGGGUUCCAGUCAGGAGCCACCACAGUGAGGACCGAUGACGACGGGACCGAGUACAGCACCAAGCAGUACAGCACCGUCACCACCACCGUCGUCUCAGAGAACCCUGCUGAAGUGGAGUCUCAGUAUGCCCUGACCCGGGCACAGCGUGUCCGAGCGGCCAUGUUCCCAGAGACGGUGAUGGAGGGCACGACCAUCCUGUCCACCCAGACUGACCCGUCCCAGAUGACCAACGUCCAGCGGCUGGCCGAGCCCUCGCAGCUCCUCAAGACGGCCAUCGUCCACCUCAUCAACUACCAGGACGACGCCGAGCUGGCCACUCGCGCCAUCCCCGAGCUCACCAAGCUGCUCAACGAUGAGGACCAGGUGGUGGUCAACAAAGCCUCCCUGAUCGUCAACCAGCUGACCCGUAAGGAGGCGUCUCGCCGGGCGCUGAUGGCUUCCCCCCAGAUGGUGGCGGCGGUGGUGCGGGCCAUGCAGAACACCGGGGACAUGGAGACAGCCCGGGCUACAGCCAGCAUCCUCCACAACCUGUCCCACCAGAGAGAGGGCCUGCUCUCCAUCUUCAAGUGUGGGGGCAUCCCUGCCCUGGUCCGCAUGCUCAGUUCUCCCAUGGAGUCUGUGCUGUUCUAUGCCAUCACCACCCUCCACAACCUGCUACUGCACCAGGAGGGAGCCAAGAUGGCGGUGCGCCUGGCCGACGGCCUGCAGCGAAUGGUGCCUCUGCUGAAGAAGAGCAACCCCAAGUUCCUGGCCAUCACCACCGACUGCCUGCAGCUGCUGUCCUACGGCAACCAGGAGAGCAAGCUGAUCAUCCUGGCUAACAGUGGUCCGGAGGGCCUUGUCCACAUCAUGAGGAACUACAGCUAUGAGAAGCUCCUGUGGACCACCAGCCGUGUGCUCAAAGUGCUCUCUGUCUGCCCCAGCAACAAACCUGCCAUCGUGGAUGCUGGUGGGAUGCAGGCUCUGGGGAUGCACCUGACAGGUUCCAGUCCGCGUCUGAUGCAGAACUGUCUGUGGACCCUGAGGAACCUGUCGGACGCUGCCACUAAACAGGAGGGUCUGGACAGUCUUCUUCAGACUCUCGUUGGUCUUCUGAGCUCUGACGACGUCAACAUGCUCACUUGCUCCACUGGCAUCCUCUCCAACCUCACCUGCAACAACGCUCGCAACAAGGCCAUGGUCACCCAGAGCAACGGCAUCGAGGCCCUCAUCCACGCUGUCCUGAGGGCGGGAGAGAAGGAGGAUGUGGCGGAGCCGGCCGUGUGCGCCCUGCGUCACCUGACGUCGCGCCACUCCGACGCCGAGGUGGCCCAGAAUGCGGUGCGCAUGCAUUAUGGCAUUCCUGCGAUCGUCAAGCUGCUCAACCAGCCCUACUACUGGCCUGUCAUCAAGGCUGUGGUUGGUCUGAUCCGUAACCUGGCACUGUGCCCAGACAACCAGACCCCUCUGAGGGACGCGGGGGCCAUCCCCCGCCUGGUCAAUCUGCUGCUCAAAGCCCACCAGGACGCCCAGAAACACGGCUCCGCCGCACAGCAGACAUACCAGGAUGGCGUGAGGAUGGAAGAAAUCGUGGAGGGGUGCACAGGGGCCCUGCACAUCAUGGCCAGAGACCCCAUCAACAGGAGAGAGAUCGCCAGCAUGCAGACCAUCCCACUCUUUGUACAGCUGCUGUACUCUCCAGUGGAGAACGUGAAGCGCGUGUCAGCGGGGGCUCUGUGUGAGCUGGCCCUGGACAAACCGUCUGCUGAGAUGAUCGACGCAGAGGGAGCCUCCGCGCCGCUCAUGGAGCUGCUGCACUCCAACAACGAGGGCAUCGCCACCUACGCUGCCGCCGUUCUCUUCCGCAUCUCCGAGGACAAGAACUCUGACUACAAGAAGCGUGUGUCUGUGGAGCUCACGCACUCCCUGUUCAAGCACGACCCCGCCGCCUGGGAAAUGGCCCACAAUGCUGUCCCCAUGGAGUCCGGCUAUGCAGCAGACGAGCUGGAUGCAGGCUACCACCAAUACGGAGACUACCCUGGUGACAUGCCCAUGGAUGGAGAGAUGGGGAUGUCCGACGUUGAAUACCAAAGCGGUGGCGGCGGCAUGACCUACGACAUGAGGCAACCGGGAUGUGCUGAGCGCUAUUAGGACAACGACACUGAAGGGAUGAGAGGAGAGCUGGGGGGGGGGGGGGCAGCCGAAGAAGAGGAGAGAAGCGGGGGGGAGCAGAAGAGGAGAAAUCACAGAGAAUCUUCAAAUGGAGUGAUGUCAAUCUGUCUCUGCUCACCUCGAUGUAGUAUAUGCAAUUAUCACUGACUGUGGGGCUCAGAAUCUAACAGGGCUUAACUUCUGUUUUCUAAGAAUGAUGAUGCACAGGUUUUUAGUCAAGUACGUUUUAAGGUUGUUUGCGCUUUUCAGGUGGGUAAUCUAUGCCAAAGAGAUUUUAUUUUGUGACGAUAAUCAUGUAGAUUCCUUUUUUUUCCCCCCCGAUUUCAAUACUAGUUGAAAACACUGCCAGAGGUGACUGGACAACGAUGUGUACUAUACAGCUCACCUGCUCACAUGUUUGCUUUCUUCAGCCUUUGUAAUGGACACUGCUGUUUUUAACUUUCUUUUAACACUAUUUGCUGUUAACAUUCUUCCCACUGUGUUUCUCGAAAGUCUGCAUGAGUUAAUUCACAAGUUAGUGAGUUAAUUCAUGAGCUAGUAGGGAGUUAGAGAUGGUACUGACUCUGUGGUGUAAUAUUCUUACAUUGACUCACACAGUAGAAGAGAACAACCCAAUAGACGGGAGUCUACUGGAGGCCCUAAAUCAAGAACCUUAGGUGGAACGCUACUAACAGGGAAUUUGUCUUUCUACAUAAAGGUUUUUACUUCAAUUUUGUUUAAGAAAAUAAAGAAUAUAUUAAAGUACA